CAGAGUGAAAGAGGAGGAGGAUGUUACAGUAAAAGGGGAGGAUGAAGCAGUUUAUGGAGUGAAAGAGGAGGGGGAGAUGACUGUUACAUCGGAAGAGGAGGAGGAAACUGGAUAUCUCGGCCCAGUUUCCCAAACGCUUCUUAAGGCAUCCAAUGGUUCUAACAAUGAAUUUAGCCAUAAGAUGGUUUUAAGAAACCGUUCCCGGAUUAACACUAGAGAGAGACGGGACUAUUGUGGAUCCUCUGGGGAGCCUCAACAACUUCAUGAUGCUGAUGAGGCAGAGAAGAGUCUCUCCAGAUCAGAACACCUCAAGAAACACCUGCAGAGAUCCACAGGGAAGAGAACUCACUGCUGCUCUGACUGUGGGAAGAGAUUCACCUCAUCAGGCAUUAAAAUUCAUCAGAGGAUCCACACUGGAGAGAAACCUUAUAGCUGUGGUCAAUGUGGGAAGAGAUUUACUACAUCUGGUUCUCUGACUCUACACCAGAGAAUACACACAGGAGAGAAACCUUAUAUCUGUGGUCAAUGUGGGAAGAGUUUUACCUCAUCUAGCAGUUUGACUCAACACCAGAGAAUACACACAGGAGAUAAACCUUAUAGCUGUGUACAAUGUGGGAAGAGUUUUACUGAGUCUGGUGGUCUGACUAUACACCAGAGAACACACACAGGAGAGAAACCUUACAGGUGUGAUCAGUGUGGGAAGAGUUUUGGUCAAUCUGGCCAUCUGACAGUGCACCAGAGAAUACACACAGGAGAGAACUCCUAUAACUGUGAUCAAUGUGGAAAGAGUUUUACUACAUCUAACCAUCUUAUUGUACACCAGAGAACACACACAGGAGAGAAAUCUCAUAGCUGUGAUCAAUGUGACAAGAGAUACUCUGAUAAAAGACAUCUGAUCAAACAUCAGAAAAUACAUAUCAUGAAACAACUCCUUCAUGUAUCAUUGAACUAUCCCACUUAGCCAAAUGUCAUUGAAAAUAUGUUGUAAAUAAGGCUAAUUGUCUUUAUUCCACUACUGAAGAAGCAUGAUUCAAAUCACCUACUCAUAUUUCAAACAUCCAGCCUGACAAAAUAUACAUGUUUUAUUAUUCCAUGCCUCACCACAAAGUGAAUUAUUGCCAAUAUAUAUUAACAAAUGAGUGUAGGUUUGGUUUUGAUUAUUCAUAUUUACAAUUCAUCUAACAUUUAUGAAUCAUAAUUAUUCAUGCAAUCAACUGACAUUUUUUGGCUACAAUUAUAUUGACAUUGUUGCUCUGCUUUUAAAAUAUCAGAGUUAAUUCUCAGAUGUGCCAACCCGAAUGUACUAGAGCAUGACAUUGGGGACUUGGCCCUGAUCCAACAACAUGCCUAUUGAGUGAACCCUGAAAAGAGAGAGAAGCUCUGCAGUGAGGUGGAAAGUUACUACGGAUAUUAAGGAGCUAGUUCUAGAAGUUAGUGAGUUUUAGAAAGACGAGAGUUCUAGAAGUUAGUGAGUUUUAGGAAGAUGAGAGUUCUAGAAGUUAGUGAGUUCUAGAAGCUAGUGAGUUUUAGGAUUCUAUAGAAAGAAAAAUAAUAUGAUUGUAUAUUAUUAUUUAGAAAUACGUGUUUGUUCUUGUUUUUAAUUGUUGCCAGCCAGUAGACACCAUGUUUAUAUUGGUGAAGGUGAAGCAUUGUAGUUGAUAAUAAUGUGAAAUUGAAGUUGUUUUCUGUUGGUGGUAAGCAAACCUGUCUAUCAAAAAUAUUGGAUAUAUGUGUUGUCUUAAAGGGGAAGGUUUUACACGCUUUGGUUUUUAGGUUGGAUUUUAGCACGUAUAGCUCGUCAGCGCGUAUAGCUCCCGUUUACGUUUAGCAUGUAGGACGCACUGAUUGGUGUCACCUCGUUAGUCACUGUUACACCUGUGCUGGCUUGUCCAUCUCGUUAUGGUUAAAUAUUGCCUCAUGUUGUUAAUAUUUUAAUCAUUGGAUUUUCCUUAGUCUUUCAGUUGUUAAUCUUCUGUUUGUUAUCCUCUUAUAUUUGUUGUGUAUUAAAUAUUUCUGUUUAUUUUUGUAAAUUCAUGUGAAGCCAUUGUGUUGCAUCCAUGUCUGAAAUGUGCUGUUUAAUUAAAGCUUGGAUUGAACAUAU